UUGAAAAAAAAAAAAACAGUUUGGCAAAAAUAAUUUCAGCUCACUAAAAUGAACUAAAAAUAAUUUGAGUUCGGCAAAAAUAAUUUCUCAUCAGUCAGUUAAGCAAAAAUAAGGUGAAAAGUACAGGGCCUAAAGUCAAUUUUUUUCCACCUAAUUAAUAUUUAUUGCAUAUAUAUAUUAUGUAACCAAUCUGAUCAUACCUGUGGUUUUGAUAUGGUAACAUAUCAAUAUGCUUUUAUACUAGAAAUGAUUCAUUCCCAUUCUGACAAAUUUAUUAAAUCAGUUAAUAUGAGCUGUAUCAUUUUGGAUUCACUUUGAUAUGAUUUAAAGUUUUUGGGGAUGUUUUACUUAAUGUAAAUGGAGCCUUGAUGACCUAAAGUCAAAAGGCAUAGUGGACUAGGUUUUCAGGACACCCAUUCUCUUCCAACUCCUUCAUUUAGUUUCUGUGCCUUGGCUUAUGCAUAGCCCGUCUUCAUAUAUUCUGUAGCCAUUCUCUCACCUUUUUAAAUCUGGUUUUGGAUUCAUCUACACCCCCAUUCUCCUUGAUCCCUGAAAAUUAAAAAAUAAAAAAUAAAAAAUUAAAUAUAUAAAAAAUAAAAAAUGAGUGAUAUUCCAGAAGAAUUGGUGCUGCAAUUCCUGGUGAGAUUGCCUACAAAGUCUCUGCUGCGAUUCAGGUCUGUUUGCAAAUCCUGGUUUUUGCUCAUUAAUAGUUCCAAUUUCAUUUCUUUACACAAACUUCACAACCAUGCAAUUGGUAACUAUAAUAUUCUCUUUAGGCACUUCUGCAACACCCAAAAGAAAGAAAUCUACUCUUUAUAUGAUGAAAAGUGUAGUUUUAGUCCUUUUAGGACAAUUGGGGAACUGGAUUUUCCAUUUGAUAGGACUCAAGGGAGCUACUACACAAUUGUAAGUUGUGUUAAUGGCUUGAUUUGCUUAUGGGAUGACACUAAUGAACUCAACCCUGUGACUCUGUGGAACCCUGCCAUCAGAAAGUCUUAUCAGGUUCCAUUUUAUUGUAAUGUGUCUGAUAGUAGAUCAUCGGCUUGCCUAAAAUUGUCUUUUGGGUUUGGCUUUGAUGCUUUGGCUAAUGACUAUAAGAUUUUGAGGAUUGCCUUUUGCCUUUCUAGUUUCUCAGAAAGUAGGAGAGUUGACAGAAGGCCUUUGUCUUUUUUAACCAAACCUGUUGUAUGCUCUGCUGACAUUUUCUCACUGAAUACUAAAUCAUGGAGAUGUGUCAAUAAUUUUGUGCCCUUGCAGCAACUAAGUGUUCCUGUUUUUGUUAAUGGCGCUCUCCAUUUCUUGACUCGCAAAGAUGAUAAUCAGUGCUGUAUCGUGUCAUUUAGUCUGAAUGCUGAGACUUUUUUGGAAAUGGCAUGUCCGCAGGGUGGGAAACUUAAUAUUGACUCAGAUCAUCGGAUUGUGGGAUCCUCUGGAACUAUUUUCCUGCUCCACCAAUUUCCUGGGUAUCGAUAUGACAUAUGGGUCAUGAAAGAGUAUAAUGUGGAAGAGUCGUGGACCAAACUACUCUCAAUUGAGUUGGAUAUGCACCCUGUAAUAGGAUGGAAACACUUAAUUAGCAUCAAUAGGAAUGGAGGACUCAUACUCUGUGGACCUGGUAGCUGGAUUGGCUACCCGGUUGUGGAAGCUGUAGAAAUAAUGGAUCUUCAGCCCCUGGGCUCAUACUUUGCUCCACAUGCAGAAGUCUAUUCGGAAAGUCUGGUUCUAUUGGGGGACGAUAAUUGUGUAACACAUCUGCUACAAAAUAAUGGUGACAAUAUACAGGAGGAGCAUAAAAAAGAAGAAACUGUGAUUCGUCGUGUUCCUGGCAAGAGGAGGGGACAGAGUGCACGAUUGAAUUCGAUUAUUUGAACUGAGAUCGAGGCAUGUUCAUGGGGAUAUCAAUCAGAGAGAAGGGUAAUGGCAUCAAAUCUGGAGACUGGGAUGUUGGUGUUGCCGCCGUAGUGGUUUAUAACUGUUGUUGCAGACUCUUUAGCAGCUUGUCAUUUUCAUUUGUUUUCAAUAAGUUUUUUGCUUUAGUUCUCAGUACUCCAACCUCUACUGCAGCAGCCUUGGAGGUUUUAAACGUUGUUGCAAACUCUUAAGCAGCUUGUUAUUUUCUUUUGUUGUGGUUUUGUUUUGUACUGUUGUUCUCGAUACACUAAUUGAGAUUUUAGUACGAGUGAAUGUUUUAUUGGA